AUGACCACGACACCACCCCUCGCGACGGGUGCCAACCCUCCGAUUCCCGCCGAACAGCUCGCCGCACUUACAUCGCUGCUGUCGGGUCUCACCGCUGCCGCUUCCGGCACUGCCACACCCGCCACGACGUCCGGCACCACUCGCACUGCCUUUCCAAAGCACGCACGCUUGGAUGGUGCGAAGACCUUCGCGAACUGGACACGCCAACUUCGCCUGUGCCUAGCGGACGACAUCCGCUCGUACGUCCUCGACGGUAUCGCACCCGACGACUGGACACCUUCGCAACGCUCCGCUCGCGACGCCGUCGCUCGUGAGGUCCUUGCGAAUUCGAUUGACUCGGCCGAAGUCUCGGCAGUCCUCGACAAAAUCCCUACCGCCGACCUGACAGCGCCGACAAUCUACUCGACGCUGAAAUCGCGGUACGCCCCUGACGACGCCACCCGCACGCUCGAGCUCUUCUCACGACUCUGGGGUUUCCGUCCCAUGCCCGGCACGGUUGCCGAAUUCGACGGGUGGAUCAUGGACUUCAAAGCCGUUGCGCAAGAGAUCAUCGACACAAAGACAACUAUCAAUGAUGUUCUCGCCACACUCCUCCUUGCAAUCGCCCACCCGUCCCUCGAGAGCUUCAAGGCGUCGUUCACCGAUGAACAGCGCACGCAACGAACUCUCCCCGACAUUGAUUCGCUUGCCGACCGUAUGCGAGUCCAACUUCGGUCAACGAACAUCCCCAGCACUCAAUCGGCCCUUCUUGCCUCGUCGUCGUCACGUUCUACUCGUCUCAAGUGUCUCGCCUGUCGCAGCCCUUCGCACCGAGUCGCGGAGUGCCCUACGAGGGCGCAACACCCGCCGCCAGGACCCUGUCGCUCCUGCAAGAAGAAGGAUCACUGGUCUCUCGACUGCAAGAAGGCGCUCGAGGACGGCAAAAAGCCCGACACCGCUGACUCGACCGUCGACUCGCAACACCAUGUCGGAUGUCUCGCCACCGGUCUUCUCGCUCGUCGUCGCCAGCUUCGCAACCACUCUUUUGUCGUCGACUCGGGCGCCACUUCGCACAUGGUCUCGGACAAGUCGCUGUUCACGACCUAUCGCCAUAUCGCUCCUACGAAGAUUGGUGGUAUUGCAGGGGGCAUCAACGCCAUCGGAACGGGAAACAUCGCCUUCAUUGCCGCCUCGGGUCAUCCGAUCACGCUUACCGGCGUGCUGCACACUCCGGGCCUGUUUGUCAAUCUUCUCUCGGUCUCUCGACUUUGCGACACCGACGAUGUCCGUGUCGCCUUCACAAAACACGGCAUCCACAUUGACAAGGACGGCAACGACAUCGCUGAAGGCGCACGACUCGACGAAGGGCUCUACUUGCUGGACGCUGAUCAUUCCAAAUGUCAGCACCUUGCUCUCCUUUCUCGCUCACAGUCGUCCGUGCCCCUGCUGACUCUCCAUCGCUGCCUCGGCCAUCUCGCACCGUCCUCCAUACAGAAGAUGGUUGCCGCUGGUUUGCUGGAGGGUCUCAGGGCCGGAUAUAGUGACGAAGAGGUAGAGAAGUUUGUCUGCAAUGCUUGCCUCAGCGCAAAGGGCCAUCGUCUUCCCUUUCCCGAUUCGGAUUCGCACUCCUCAGAGAGACUCGGCCUUGUACACAGCGAUGUGCUUUCCUUCCCCGAGCGGUCCUUGACUGGCAAACGUUACCUGGUCACAUUCCUUGACGAUUACUCGCGCAAACUCUGGGCCUACGCAAUCGGACACAAAAGCGAAGUCUUCGGCAUAUUCAAAACUUGGCUAGCCGAGGUUGAACUCGAGACGGGUGCGACGCUGAAGGUCCUCCGAACCGACAACGGUGGCGAAUACUGUUCGAGAGCGUUCACAGAGUUCUGCAAGACACGAGGCACCCGUCGACAAUACUCUAUCCCACGCACGCCUCAACAGAACGGUCGUGCAGAGCGGGUCAAUCGUUCCAUUGUCGAAGGCGUCCUUGCCCUCCUUGUCGACGCUGUGAGGAAUCCACUCUCCGCUCGGCUCAGGACUUAG